AUGAUGAGGAUUACCGAUGGCCGCCCUGUCAAGGCGGAAGCUCCGACAGUGAAUAGCUGUGUAUUUCAGCUGACUACCGAGGAGGCUCAGGCAGCUCCGGACGCCAUGGCUGAUACCUUUUUGGUCAAUGGUAUGUCUGCUCAUGUCAUGUUUGAUUCGGGUGCUACCCGAUUGUUCGUGUCACUUGCGUCUAGCAAGAAGUUACGGGAUGCGCUGGGAACUUUGGAUUCCUUACUUGAGGUAGAGAUUACAGAUGACCGCACUGUGAGGGUGUAUCAGGAUUGCGUCCUAAAUGUGUUGGGUGAGAGGUUUCGUGUGGAUCUGGUCCCGGUACCGUUACGUGGGUUGAAGGUGAUUGUAGGGGUGGACUGGUUGGGGGCCAUUGGGGCCAUGAUUGAUUGUGAGCGCCAGUUGGUUAGGGAUCGAACCCCAAGUGGGGGAGAACUGGGAGCUGAACAAACUAACGGUAAAGAACGGUUAUCUGUUGCCAAGGAUCGAUGA